AUGGUCGCCAGCUACGCUCGCGUGGUUCCCAGGAGCCUGCUUCGGCGGAUAUCGCUGGGCCUUGCCACCUGUUCCGUGGCACUCUUCUCAGCAGAAGGGCCCGCCGUGGCAGAAAGGGCCUACACGCCGGCGCCUGUGGGCUAUCGAUCGAUUCAGCUUCAGGUGGGUGCGAAGCAGGUGCCGACGAGCGUCUGGUAUCCAGCACAAGUGGGCAAAGCAGCUGCGCGCAUCGCCGCGGACAAGAAGCCUUACCAGCACUUUAUCAGUGUGGGCAAGAUCGUGGAGGUCUUGCAAGGCGCGCUGCUGCCGCGGUCAGUGGGCUGGGAGUUCGACCUACAGGCUGGCCUGCCCAUCUUCGCGGAUGCGCCGGCCUUGGUGCCAGACACUUCCGCCGCCUCCGAUGUUCCCACGAGGCUGCAGCAGCUCCGGACUUCCGCUGGGCUUCGCCCGCAGAACUGCGCCAUCAUCUUUGCCCACGGAUAUCUGGGCAGCCGCUUCGAUAUGCUGCACCUCUGCGAGCGCCUGGCGAGCCAGGGAUUCAUCGUGGCCUCCCCGGACUUCUCAGAGGGCCUCUCGGGCGCUGUGUCUGAACUGCCAAGACGUGACAUUGUCUCAGAGCUGUUAGCAAAGCUUCGAAGAGGUUGGGGCGCCCAGCAAUUUGGAAUUGUUGGCCACUCUGCAGGCGGAGGCACUGCGACCGUUUCCCCAGGCCCAUUUGUCUGUGGCCGCGUUGCCGUUGCUGGUCUGGCUCCCGGAUAUGCUGGCCCGGAUCCUUUACUCGUCAUCGCGUCCGAGGGUGACGGUGUCGUGCGGCUCGAACGAGUUCUCCAGGCUAUACCCAGCGGGACCCCCUGUGUGGAAGAUCCAAAGAACUGUGACCUUUCACAAUCCUCAGGCGCAGUCCUUCUGCGCCGAGCCUUCAAGCCAGGGGAACAAGCCCCCUGCCAUAUUUCUUUCUUAUCCGCGGAGACCAACAACGCCAUGAUUUCUUUACUUUCGCCCUUGCUGCCCGUUGCACGGGCCCUGAAGGUCCCGGUGCUUGACUUUGACACCUAUCUUCGCCUUCAGGACUCAGAAGAAGUAGCAUCGGAGAUGCUGCCUUUGAUCGAGGACUUCUUCUCCACGAAUGCUGCCAAGCAAGAUUGA